GACAUGGUCUUAACCAUUUUUUAUCUUGUUGAUUAUCAUUUUUCACCAUUUGUCUCCCAUGUCAUACAAUAGAAAGGGUACAAGCAGCGAUGGAAAAGGACACCAGAGAGCAAACAAUGACUUGGGAUGAGAUGGUGAAGGAAGAAGCAGCUGCUACUGCCCUGGGAGGAGCCAGGAGGGCUCAGAAGCAAUUUGUUGGAGUCCGGCAAAGGCCAUCUGGCAUAUGGGUGCCUGAGAUCAAAGACACCAUACGGAAGAUAAGAGUGUGGCUAGGCACCUAUGACACUGCUGAGGAAGCAGCCAGGGCUUUUGAUGAGGCAGGCUGCAUCCUCUGUGGUGCCAACACCAGGACCAACUUCUGGCCAUGUUCUCCAGCUUCUAAUCCUACCCCAGCUCUUCCUUCUAAGAUCACUAGCCUCCUUCUCCAAAGGUUGAGAGCCAAAAACAAAACCUUUGCUUCCUUGCUAGAUUCUUCCUUGAUCAACAAGCAAGAAAUUCAAGGAGAAGACAUCUCCAAUGGCUACUACAUCAGUAAUACUACUGCAAAUUCUUGUGAUUACUUGACAACGAGUCUAGAAUCAUGUUUAACAAAGAAGGCGGAUUCUAGUGGGAGAGAUUUGGGGUUAGAUUAUUGCAAUUUCAGUGAUGCUACUCAAUCUUCCAGGUGUGACGACAUUGUUGAAGAAGGACUUGAUAUGGAAGCACUUGAUUUUCAUUUUGUGGAUGACAUUGGAUCAUCCAGUUAUUACUCUGCCUGCGAGAUGGCUGAAGAGAUUGAAGAGCCAGUGGAGGCAGAGAAUUUCUCGAACAAGCCCUCAGUGUUAAGAGCUGCCAUGAAGAGAAUGAAGUACGAGAGGAAGUUCUCUACUUCUUUUUAUGCUUUCAAUGGAAUACCAGAGUGUUUGAGGCUGAGGCUCAGGUUAGAAAAUGUCAAGGGUGGAAGAGUAAAAGUUGAAUUGUCAAUUCAAAGUCUAGAGGACAAGAAAGGAGAAGGAAAUGAAAAUGAAGUGAUGGGGAAGAAAGUGGAGGAGAGCCUGGAUUCUCCCAGCAGCUCAGUGGAAACAGGAUCUUCUUCAAGCAAUGAAGGUCAAUUUUGUCUGUGGAGCUCACUUGAUCCUCCAACCAUCUGUUAACUGAUGGAUAUAACUGGUAUUGCUUCGAUUCCCGGUGUUAGUUCUGAUAUUCUGAGAUAGGUUGAGGGAACAAUGACAUAUUGCCAUGUAAUGAUGAGUUUAUAACCCUGAAAUUUGUUCUCUUUCAUGUUCAUGAAUCAUGAAUUUUAUGAGCAGUUAUUCUAAUUUCUGUUACUUAAUCAAGAUAGAUAGACUUG